CUCGAUCUGUCAAGGCAUUGCUUACUACGCAAAGUAGUAGUAGUAGCAGCAGCAGCAGCAGCUUUGAAAAAAAUGGGCUCACCAGUCCGUCUUUUAGAUCACAGCAACAACAAAAACAAAGUACUGACAUGACGAUUCAGAGCCAUCUUGGUCUCUGUAUCAUGCGCAGCAAAAGGACAAGAGAAAACCAGCUUGUCAAGCUCAACACAAUUUAUACAAUGGCAUGCCGUUUGUAUGAGAAUGCGAAACGUUUGGAAAACCAAAAGUAUAUUGCCCAUCAAUUGGCAUUACUCUAUCAUUGCCUAUCGAAUCAAGGAAAUUCGUUUAGCCGGUUCACAAAGGAGGUGGAGAGCGAAUUUGACAGCAUCAGCAGAUCGGUCAACACAAUGUUUCGAAUCGAGCCACCACAAAUUUCAUGGUAGGAUAGAUGGGAAAAAAAAAAAAAAUUCUCUUCUCCUGCAUAGUAUCUCAACAUUCCAUGAUCUAUCAGGUUAAUGUCGUUUUGCUUA